GAAACUAGAGUAAUAUGGAGGAAGUGAAGGUAAUAGGAUUCUGGGCAAGUCCAUAUGUUUACAGGGUCACAUGGGCUCUGAAACUCAAGGGAGUUGAAUAUGAAUAUCAAGAAGAGGACAUAUUCAACAAGAGUGAUUUGCUUCUUCAAUACAACCCAGUGCACAAGAAGGUUCCAGUAGUUGUUCAUGGUGGAAAGCUGAUUGCUGAGUCGACUGUCAUUCUGGAGUACAUUGAAGAGACAUGGCUGCAGAAUCCUCUGCUUCCAACAGACCCUCAUGCAAGGGCCAUCGCUAGAUUCUGGACAAAGUUUGGAGAUGACAAGAUGCCGAACAUUUACGGAUUCUAUAAAAGAGCUGGAGAAGAGCAAACAAAAGCUGUGAAAGAAGCCCAGGAGUGUCUGAAGAUCUUAGAAGAGCACGGCCUUGAUGAUGAGAAGAAGUUCUUUAAUGGUGACAAGAUUGAAAUGACAGACUUAUCCAUGGGAUUGCUAGCAUUCUGGCUUGAGGCCAUGGAAGAAGCAGCUGGUGUACAAGUUCUGGAAGCCGAUAACUUCCCUCGCUUGCACGCAUGGAUUAGAAAUUUCAAGGAAGUUCCUGUGAUCAAAGAAAAUCACCCUGACAAAACUCGGCUGGUAGCCUAUUUCAAACAGCUGAGGGAGAAGUUUAUCAAGCCAGCAACUAGUUGAUAUCCUAGUCUUAAUUUCAAACAACACAGCACAUUUAGCAUAUAAGAAUAAAGGUUGUAACAUAACCAAUAAGCAAGAAGCAAGGAAUGAUAUCAGUUAAUAGUUUCAAUCAAUCGAUUACAGUUGUGACUGAAUAAGAGAAGUUCUUUGUAAUGCAUAUUAGUGUUUUUUGCAUGUCCACUGAUUGAUGUAAGUUCUUACAUGGAGUUGAUUCCAAGCCUCCACUCCA